UAUCGCAAGGUAAAUGCAGUCACAGUCCCUGACUCUUUUCCUUUGCCCCGCAUCGAUGACUGUGUAGACACCGUUGGAAAUGCUGUUUUUGUCACGAAAUUGGAUUUAUUAAAGGGUUACUGGCAGGUUCCACUAACAUCUAGAGCUUCUGACAUCUCUGCCUUUGUAACUCCUGACAAUUUUCUCCAGUACACAGUGAUGGCAUUCGGCAUGCGCAAUGCUCCAGCAACCUUCCAGCGUCUCGUUAAUACAGUUGUAGGUGAUGUCCCGAACUGUACCGCUUACAUAGACGACCUGGUCAUCCAUUCUACAACCUGGACAGAGCAUCUGACAUCGCUGAGGGCAGUUUUCCAAUGGUUGGCCGAUGUCCAGUUAACGAUCAACUUAGCUAAAUGCGAGUUUGGAAAGGCCACAGUCACAUACCUCGGGAAGGAGGUAGGCCGCGGUCAGGUGAGACCAAUAGCAGCAAAGGUCUCUGCCAUUGCUGACUUUCCUGCUCCUGCAACCCAUAGACAGUUGCGCAGAUUCCAAGGUAUGGCCGGCUACUACAGAGGAUUCUGUCGUAACUUUGCUACUGUUGCAGCUCCCCUCACUGGUCUGCUGAGUCCGUCUGUACAAUUUCACUGGUCUGGUGAGUGCCAAUCUGCAUUUGACUCCAUCAAAACACUGCUGUGUAGCUCUCCUGUUCUGUCUGCCCCAGAUUUUGAGCGACCGUUCAAGCUGCACGUGGACGCAAGUUCUGUUGGUGCUGGUGCUGUUCUUGUUCAAGAAGAUACCGAAGGAAUUGAUCACCCUGUCUGUUUGUUUUCCCGCAAGUUCACCCAGGCCCAGACUAGAUAUUCCACCAUCGAGCAGGAGACGCUAGCUUUACUUUUAGCAUUGCAGUAUUUUGAAGUAUAUCUUGGCUCCAGUCCAUUUGACGUUGAGGUUUUCACUGAUCAUAAUCCUCUGGUGUUCCUGAAUCUCAUGUAUAACCAUAAUCAGUGCCUCAUGCGCUGGGCAUUAAUGGUUCAGGGUGUUCCGCUGGUUGUACGCCACAAGAAAGGUUCGGAGAAUGUGGUUGUGGAUGCCCUUUCUCGGGCCUACUCUUAGGUAAGAUAAUGAACUCUGAUUAUUUUGAGCUGCGCAUGGAUACAAUACAUAUGAUGCAAAAGUGAUUUUUGUCAUAGAUGUAUCCUAGAGGGGUCCUGGAUCUUGUAGUUAUCACAAUCCCACGGGAUUGCUCUUAAGGGUGGGGGUGUUACAGCUGCUGCCUCUGUGUGUCUUGGGUUUGAUCCUGUUUGUCUCCCCCAGGUGUCCAGGCGUGGUGUUUGUCCUUUUUUUCCAGCUCUUCAUCCAAGACCUCACCUGUCCUGCCAGCAGUCAAUCCUGGACACCUGUCGCCAAUCAUCCCAUCAGCCGAUCAUCCAAUCAACCUCCAGUCCUGCCCCUAUAUAUUGCUUUGCACCCUGUGUUUCUGGCGGUCUGUCUGUCUGUGUGAGAGGGAGAAAUCACUUGUUCGUUUGGAGAGCAUUUUGACACUUUGACUAAAGUUUGUGACCUUUGGGUUUUUGCCCUCCUUAACCAAACUAGUGUUGGAGGGCCUAUUUUUGUUAAAACCUACCCGUCCCCACCUAGUGUGUUUUGUAGUCAACCCCAUUCUCUGUAUUGUCUUCUUCCUUGGAGAAGGGCUCCAGGUAAGACACCCCGGGGUCUACAUUCAGCGCGUAGGUGACUUUGUUUAUACACACUAGGUAAGUGUGGGCGGCUGCCACGAUCUUCUGUAGCAGGCAGGUAAGGUUCAGGCUUAGUUAGUUAGUUAGGGCGAGUCACUGGUUAAGAUAGUUAAAGUCACAGGGUCGAGGUGUAGGGGAAGUUUAGGGUUUAUGUUGUUAGUGGCACCGCCCACAGGGCCCUUCUCCUAACGUCCUCCUGCCCUCCAUUAGCUCUCCCCAUUUUUGUUUCUACAAGCCUUUUGUUUUACACCUGCUGGCUGCGUUCUGGCAUCUUUGUUGUAAUUUGUAAAAUUUGUAACACUGCUUCUGUUUAAUUAUAUCCUUUGUUAUAUAAAUUCCCUUUUUCCUAUGGAAAAGGCCACCAAGUUCUUUUGUGUUGUGUACCUGGUUUUGCCCGCUCACCACCUGACGCCAUUUACAUCUGCCCAGUAGGCCUGCGCAUAAGUGUUGCGUUUUCCCCCCUCACUCCUAGCUUGGCCAUUUUUAACAACUUCAAGGGGGGACGUAACAGUAGUACAAUUAUUUCAAGGUGUGUUAAAAGUGUCAGUGUGAAAGCUUAAUGUUAGUAUUGUUGGUUCCGUCGAUCUCGAGAGAUCAUGGACAAGCCAGGAUGAAGUUCUGAAGGAACCGAGAUGCCGAGUCAGCACGUCCCCCUUCUCAUCCUCGCUGGUAGUGUCCAGCAGAAGGUACAGGCCCAUACAGUUGGUACCAACUUGGCUAAAGGAGUUGCCGGUAGGAGCUCCAAGGCGAGAACCAACCGCCUUCAGGGCUGUACUCCAUAUUUUUUCUGCAGGGGAGGGUCUCCCUUAGCAUUUGUCACUCCCAUGAUGGCCACAAGGCAGUGGUGCUAUUUUACCCAUAGCUGGGGAUUGCAAUAUGCAGACAGGGGGAGACAGGAAUCAAACCAACAACCUCUCGAUUGUAAGACGACUGCUCUCCCCACAGCUGCCUCAAUGUCAUUAUCCUUGUUAUAUAUUUACAAAAGGUGCAAUUUGUGGAAGUAUAUUGUCAAUAUAGGAGUGAAAGUAUGAAUAAACUGAGAAUAUAAUAAAGUCCUCUUUUGUGUCACCAGGGGAGCAGAAGUUGAAGCUUGACAUUCCAGCUGAUCGACGGCUUGAAGAUCUCACAGCUGAGGGAUCCCUGACGUCUCUGAGCUGCAGGGGGCAGCAGCUCACCAGCAGAACCAGGGCAGACCAGCGUUCACAGGAGCAGGAAACCAGAGGAGGGUUGGGCUUCAAAGCUGCUGAGCAGGAAGAGAUACUCUUCAAACACUGGCUGUUGUUGAGAGGAGGAAAUGGCUCAGGGAGGAGCUCAGCUGGAUCCACUAAAGUUCUCUUGUUCCAUCUGUCUGGAUCCCCUGAAGGAUCCGGUGACGGUUCCCUGUGGACACAGCUACUGCAGCAACUGUAUUAAUGGACACUGGGAUGAAGAGCAAAACAAGGGAAUCUACAGCUGUCCUCAGUGCAGGAAGGAGUUCAUGCAUAGACCAGACCUGGAGAUAAACUUCAUGUUGGCAGAGUUAGUGGAGGAUCUGAAGAAGACUGGACUCCAAGCUGCUGCAGCUGAUCUCUGCUCUGCUGGACCUGAAGAUGUGGCCUGUGAUGUUUGCUCUGGGAGGAAGCUGAAAGCUGUCAAGUCCUGUCUGGUCUGUGUGGCCUCUUACUGUGAGGAACACCUCCAAGGUCACUACGAAGCAGCUCCAUUGAAGAAACACCAGCUGGUGGAGCCCUCCAAGAAGCUCCAGGAGAAGAUCUGCUCUCUUCUCGAUGAGGUGAAGAAGAUUUUCUGUCGCACUGAUCAGCAGUGUAUCUGUUACCUCUGCACCAUGGACCAACACAGAGGCCAUGAAACAGUCCCAGCUGCAGCAGAAAGGAGCCAGAAGCAGAAGGAGCUGGAGGGGAGUCGACUACACAUCCAGCAGAGAAUCCAGGAGCGAGAGAAAGACGUGAAGCUGCUUCAGCAGCAGAUGGAGGUCGUCAAUGUCUCUGCUGAUGAAGCAGUGGAGCACAGCGAGGAGAGCUUCACCCAGAUGAUCCGUCUCCUCCAGAAAAGAAGCCUUGAGGUGAAGCGGCAGCUCAGAUCCCAGCAGCAAACUGCAGUGAGUGGACUCAAAGAGCUUGAGGAGAAGCUGCAGCAGGAGAUCGCUGAGCUGAAGAGGAAAGACGUCCAGCUGGAGCAGCUGGCUCACACAGAGGACCACACCGAGUUUCUCCACAGCUACACCUCAGUGUCAGCACUCAGUGAGCCCACACACUCCUCCAGCAUCCAGACUGCUCCUCUCAGAUACUUUGAGGAUGUGGCAGCAGUUGUGUCAGAGAACAGAGAGAAAUUCCAGGACUUCCUGAGAGAGAAUGAAGAGGAGAUGUUACUGCUACAACCACAGCCAGAGAGCAGAGCAGACUUCUUACAAUAUUCACAGCAGAUCACUCUGGAUCCAAACUCUGUGAACAGAGAGCUGAAAUUAUCUGAUGGAGACAGAAAAGUAACUUGUACAGAGGAAGAUCAGCCUUAUUCUGAUCAUCCAGACAGAUUCACUGAAUAUCGUCAGGUUCUGAGCAGAGAGAGUCUGACUGGACGUAGUUACUGGGAGGUGGAGAGGAGAAGAGGAGUUUUUGUAGCAGUCACAUACAAGAACAUCAGCAGAGCAGGGAGGGAGAAGGAAUGUGUGUUUGGAGGUGAUGACAAAUCUUGGGCUUUAGAUUGUGUCUCUGACACUUUUAGUUUUUAUCACAACAACAUCCACACUCCCGUCUCAGGUCCUUGGUCCUCCAGAGUGGGAGUGUACCUGGAUCACAGAGCAGGUAUUCUGUCUUUCUACAGUGUCUCUGAAACCAUGACUCUCCUCCUCAGAGUCCAGACCUCCUUCACUCAGCCGCUACAUGCUGGAGUUUAUGUUUGUCCUGGAUCCUCAGCAGAGUUCCUGAAACCUGAGUAGAGGACUCCAUCAGACCUCCUGGUGUGGUUUUCUAAAGGAGCCUCCACAUUUUCUGAGCUGAGGCGUUGAUGAGAUUUCUGACAGGAAGAAGAUUGAAACCAACAGAUGGUCGGCCGUCUUCUCAGAGACUUUCUACGGGGACAAAAGGAUGUGAGACGAGUGUGGAGAGACAGAAAGGAGCUGAGUUAGUGGAGGAAAAAACAUGGCGGCUGCAGCCAUCAGUCCCUCACUGAUUCCUCAACAGAGGCUUUUCUAAUAGUUGGACUCAUUUUUCAAGCUUCUCAAAGAGGAAGUUCUUCUUCAUGUACUACAGGAAGCUGCAGCUUUUCACACUUUGGGGGAUUAGAAGUGGAAAUUAGGAGCUUUCACAUGUUUGGAUUGAUCAGUCUUUCUUUUUUCAUGAUUCUUUUCUGACAUUUGAUCCUUCAGAGUGAAGAUUUGUGGAUUUUCUUGAACAGUGAACUGAUUGUUUUGGCUUUUUGGAUCUUCAUCUGUCACCAAGUGGCAGGAAGUUUGAUUCCUUUAGCUGGAAAUGACUCCAGUCGACAACACACACACACACACACACACACACACACACACACACACACACACACACACACACACACACACAGGUUUCUUUUAAAGACAUUAAAUCAGUCAUAAAGUGAAAUGCUACUUUAUUGUCGAUUUGUUUCUUUUUCAAAGGUUUUUGCUUCAAAUGUUGUUUGUGUGACACCAAGAGAAACCAAGUCAGUCAACAUGGAGCCUUUAAUAAAAUACAUUCAGUCAUCA